AUGACCGAACACUUUGGCCCGCUGGUCCGCCUCUGGGGCAUCCAGCCCUCCCUGCUCCCGAGCACCACAGCCUCGUCCUCUGAGCUCAUGCCGUUCCUCACGUCGAUCAUCAACGAGGCGUUGCCCUUUAUCGACGACGUGGCGUCCACCAAGCAGAACCCAUACACUUCAUCGUGGACGUCCAAGGGCCAUAGGACAUUUGGCGCGGCGGCCUCGCCCGUCUAUCUGUACUCGCGGGACGUCUCCACCGCCGCGCUGCAGGCGAUUCUGCGGGACUACCACGUCCCCGAGCUACAGGAGGCUGUCUCGCUGGGCAAGUUGCACCCGGAGAGCUGGUUUCUGCGGAGGAGUGUGCACGAGAACGCGGCGAAGCGCGGCACGGCCCGGUGGGACGAAUGGGUCAAGUGCUUCAAGGUCGCCCACGCAGAGGCGGAGAAGGCGUUCACGCCCACCGUCGUGAGCACGCGCGUGAUCCGGGAGUGGGACUGUCAGGGCGUGCAGGUCGAGCGUGACGGCGACAUGUGGGGGGAUUGGACGCUGAAGAUGGAGGAGUCGGCGCACAAGCUCCCGUCGCCCCUGGCGAAGCGCGUGUUCCCCGUGCUGCAGGCGACGACGUCCCUCGUGGGCGGGGACCAUCGGGAGUUUCUGGUGGUCCAGAUCAACGCGGGCGACGUCGUGGAUCACGUCGACGUGAGCCGCGAGUACAAGGCGGACGGCGCGGCCGUGCGGGCCAAGUACACGAGCAUCGAGCGGGUGCGAGAGACGGACGAGGGGAUCGAAUGGAUCAUGGGCACGGCGUCGGAUGCGGAGGGCUUCCUCCCCGUGUGGCUGCAGAAGAUGGCGAUGCCAAAGGAGGUGGCCAAGGACGUGGGCAUGUUCCUCUCGUGGAUUGAUACCCAGCGAAACGGCGCGUCUGAGGGGGCACCUCCGAGCGGCGGUCUGAGGUCCACGGGCGGUACCGUGCCCGGGAUAUGA